CCUCCGCUCCCCUCCUCUUCCCUCUCCUACCCACUACUACCACCACCACCAGCAUGGCCAAGUCGACUCGCUCCAAAGUUAAACGUUCCUUCCGCGCGAAGAAGCGGGAGGAAGGCGUCUACGCUGCCACGGAGGCAGCUAGACUCAAUCGACUCAACGCCAAGCUCACCACUACGAUGAAGGCGGAUCGGGACGGAGACGUCCCGCUGGAGGGCGAUGCCGUAGAGGAGGGCAUCCAAGGAGAUGAAGUUCCAAUUGUCAAACCAACAGAAGGCAUGGAUGUUGACGGUGGUGCUCAGUCUCAAAAGACUAAGAUAUCCACACAUGGACCACGGAACUCUCGUAACGAAGAAUGGAGGAUCUCAAAGAACAUGGCCCCUAGAGGGAAGUCAAGAGGGAUGAACAGACAAGGAAGUGUCGCGGCAAGGCGGAAAGCUGGCAGAGCCUCUCGCCGUCGGUAGCGAUCUCUACCACAUUUGGUACAUUUUACUCUCAAAAGUCAUCGUGGCGUUGGGGACAUCAAGUACCCUUACUUCUCUCAGGGAGUUUACUCUCUUAACCUGCCAUCGACAUCGCUGUUGGACUCCCCAACAUCAAACCCUAGGUCUAUAUCACACCUUGCAUGUAUACCGUUCUGAUGCUAGAGCUUUCUUAGUUUAUGGACUACGGUUUAAAAAGCUAUUUUUGUAAUGUCAUCGCUUGCUCGAAGGCAAAGUGUGCAAUCUCAUCGCCCUUGAGCAUAAAGCUGUCAUCUCCAAAUAAUUC